GUAAUGUCGUCACUAAUAAAAUUACAUUUCAUCGUAUACUAAAUAACAAAUGUCUAGAUACACAGUAGCAUAUGCUGACAACAUAGGCAAUGUAAGAGAAAAACUUAAACAAGAAGGCAUAAGAAAGCUGAAAAUAUUCAUCUGCUCCAAAAAUGCUACUGGAGUAUGUAAUCAUUGCCCCUUCAAAUCCGCACGUACGAGGGAUCUUCAUGAGAAACUGAAGCAUAACAUGGACAGACGCGAACCUGAUGUAAUACAGCAGCCUAUUAUAAAGGACCACGUCCUAUGUUAUCAGAAAGCCUUGUUCACUAUCAAUCUGCUACUCAAGAACUUGAAUGAUGCAAUAAGACAGGGAGAUGGUGAACGAUUAAUCGAAAGUUAUAAGUUGGUUCUGCUUUACUUCAAGGCAACUCAGCGUCACAAAUACGCAUACACCAUCCUGAAGUUGUUAUACCGAAUCAGAUUGGAACCGGAAAAUGCAUUCAAGUUGACCUGGGGAAGGUUCAUUUAUACACAGGGAUACAAAGGAAGAAAUAUAUCAAAUGAUCUUCACCUGGGACAUUUAAAUCAUUUUUUAAAGGAAUUACUGCGUUCAUUGCGUAGCAACAUCAAUGAAAAAAAUGCUGAAAGGGUGUCGUAUACAUUACAAAAUAUGAAAGGUAAAAAAUAUUACAGCUAUAUGUGAAAUACUACUAUAAUACAAUGUAAGAUACUAUCUGUUAAGAAAAAACAUAUAUUUUAUUCAAAAGGAAUUGUUGACGACUUGGAAAGGUCACUGGAAUUGUCUAAGGUCAAGGGUCAUAGAAAGAUGCCAUCUACUAUUGAAGACGUAAAGAAGUUGGCACUUGCAUAUCAUCAGGCUAAAGUAUUUAGAGAAACACCAGGAAGAGAAUAUGAAUCGUUUCCAAAUUUUAAAGAAACAAUAUUAUGCUCAAUAGAUGCAGAUCAUCUACAUAAGUGGUUAUCACAGAAAGAACACGAAUUCAAUGAACUUUAUACCUGAACCUAUUUAUUUACUUUUUCAUAUUUCGUUUUUUGCAUUAUAUUUUAUAACU